GAAACCACUUCCCAACACUUGAGUUGAUUACACUGAGUUGCUUACACAGGUUGUAGGGACUUUUCCUAGGCCCUAAACAUGUGUCUCACUGCGAGUAAAAUUCUUCCCAAGUUCUCAGAUGGAAUCACGCAUCUGUAAAUUGUGUCAGGGAUACCCGAGAAGUAAUACCAGGCCUGGAAGGAAGGGACUGAUGGACAGAGAUGCAUCUCAUGGAACUGCUGGUGAGGAUGUGGAGUGUGGUGCUGAGAAGGCUGGUACUAGGUGGGGAAGCAAGCAGUGAGGAUGGCCUGGAGAUGGUCCAGGACUCCUCUGCUCUUAGUUCCCCAACCAGGAAUUUAACCCGGGCCCUCAGCAGUGAAAGCAUGGAGUCUUAACCACUGGAUCACCAGGGAAUUCCCAGGAAGUUAUAGCCUGUUAAAGAGGUCACAGGCUUAAUAGUGACAGGAGUACUAUGUGCCUAGUGCCAUGUUAAAUCCUUUACACACAUUAUUGAAUUUUCACAACAGUUCCAUGUAACAUUCUGUUAUAUCACUUGACAUGAUACAACAGGCCAGAGAGAUGAACUAACAUGCCUAAGGUCACACAGCUAGUGAGUGGUGGAGCUGUGAUUUUUUAAAUAUUUAUUAUUAUGUUUGGCUGCAUUGGGUCUUAGCUGCAGCACACGGGAUCUUUCAUUGUGGCACAUGGGUUCUCUCUAGUUGUGGCGUGCGGGUUUUCUCUUCUCUAGUUGUGGUGUGCAGGCUCCAGGGUGCGUGGGCUCACUAAUUGUGGUGCACGGGUAGUAGUUGUGGCACGCUGGCUUAGUUACCCCACAGCAUAUGGGAUCUUAGUUCCCUGCCCAGGGGUCAAACCCGUAUCUCCUGCAUUGGAAGGCUGAUUCUUUACCACUGGACCACCAGGGAAGUCCCUGGUUUUUUUUCUUUAAAUAGUCUAACUCCAAAACCAUCAGCUCUUCUUGCCAGGCAUUGGGUGGCUGGGGAGUGAGUGGGAGCCACCUUCUCCCAUCUGUGGCCCUGUGGGUCUCAUUACUGCUUUCCCUGGCCCCUGCCUUGACUCAAGCUGGAGGCAAAUCAGCCCCAGACAGCUUAGUGCAGCUUCACUGCAUUCUCCAGGCCUCCAGGCAUUCCUCUCUUCAUUGUCUCAUGCUGCCAAGGUUGCCAAUGGCUGUCCCUACCAAUAACACCUUUGCAAGGAGGUCUGCCAGCAGCCAGGAGAUCUGAGUUGAUCUCAGACGCAGAACCUUAGAGGAACCCCCACCUCCACCCCUUCCCUUCAUGCAUAGGUGGGCAGACACUCCAGUGACCGAGCACUGUCCUGAAACUACUCCAAAUGUCAUUCUGAAUAUGAUUGGAAGACACUCAGCAGGGUCACAAUCUCCUUAGGUGGUGUUGCUAUGGCAACCCCAGUCACAUCCAUCUGGCUUUCUCAGCUGUGGUCUCAGAGGAUCUUCUUUUCUAGAGGCAGCAGCCUGUAACCCUGAUAGGAAGGGUGAGGGUGUGUACAUUCAAGCUCCCCUGCAGAAAGCUCCUUUGUGUAAUAUGCUCAUUGCAAAUAGUCCCAUCUUGGAUGAACAUAAAGGAAUUAAUUCACUGUCCGCCUCGUCGUGUGAGUGAAAGUUCAACUACCAAUGCUCAAUCUACAUUAUCUCAUUUAAUCUACAAUAACUCUGUGAGCAAGUGUCUAUUGAGGGCGUGUUAUGUGCAGACACCGUGCCUGACGCUGGGGAUGCAAAGCUCCAUUGGGGCCAUGUCGGAGCGAGAAGAGCGGCGGUUCGUGGAGAUCCCUCGGGAGUCCGUCCGGCUCAUGGCAGAGAGCAUGGGCCUGGAGUUGAGCGACGAGGUAGCGGCCCUGCUCGCAGAGGACGUGUGCUACCGUCUCAGAGAGGCCACCCAGAAUAGCUCUCAGUUCAUGAAACACACCAAACGGCGGAAGCUGACUGUCGAGGAUUUUAACAGGGCCCUCAGAUGGAGCAGCGUGGAGGCCGUGUGUGGUUAUGGGUCCCAGGAGACGCUGCCCCUGCGCCCCGCCAGGGAGGGUGAGCUCUACUUCCCCGAGGACCGAGAGGUGAACCUGGUGGAGCUGGCCCUGGCCACCAACAUCCCCAAAGGCUGUGCCGAGACGGCUGUGAGAGUUCAUGUCUCCUACCUAGAUGGCAAGGGGAACCUGGCCCCUCAAGGAUCGGUGCCCAGUGCUGUGUCUUCACUGACCGAUGACCUUCUCAAGUAUUACCAGCAAGUGACUCGGGCUGUGCUGGGGGAUGAUCCACAGCUGAUGAAGGUUGCUCUCCAGGACCUGCAGACCAACUCCAAGAUUGCAGCGCUCCUGCCGUACUUCGUUUAUGUGGUCAGUGGGGUGAAAUCUGUAAGUCACGAUCUGGAGCAGCUGCACCGGCUCUUGCAGGUGGCACGAAGCCUGGUUCGGAACCCACACCUCUGCCUCGGGCCCUAUGUCCGCUCCCUGGUGGGCAGUGUCCUCUACUGUGUCCUGGAGCCACUGGCUGCCUCCAUCAACCCGCUGAAUGACCACUGGACUCUGCGGGACGGUGCUGCCCUCCUGCUCAGCCACAUCUUCUGGACCCAUGGGGACCUUGUAAGUGGCCUCUAUCAGCAGAUCCUGCUCUCCCUGCAGAAGGUCUUGGCAGAUCCUGUGAGGCCUCUCUGCUCUCACUACGGGGCUGUGGUGGGGCUGCACGCCCUUGGCUGGAAGGCCGUAGAGCGAGUCCUGUACCCACACCUGUCCACUUACUGGACAAAUUUGCAGGCUGUGCUAGAUGAUUAUUCAGUAUCGAAUGCCCAGGUCAAAGCAGAUGGGCACAAAGUCUACGGAGCCAUUCUGGUGGCCGUAGAGCGACUACUGAAGAUGAAGGCGCAGGCAGCAGAGCCCAACAAGGGUGGGCCAGGCAGCAGGGGGUGCCGGCGCUCGGACGACCUGCCUUGGGACAGCCUCCUCCUGCAGGAGUCUCCCUCCGGGGGCAGCGCAGAGCCAGGCUUUGGGUCUGGUCUCCCGCUGCCGCCAGGAGGCGCGGGGCCGGAGGACCCUUCCCCUUCGGUGACCCUGGCGGACAUCUACCGGGAGCUCUACGCCUUCUUCGGCGACAGCUUGGCCACCCGCUUUGGCACGGGUCAGCCCGCGCCCGCGACCCCGCGGCCGCCCGGGGACAAGAAGGAGCCAGCGGCCGCCCCGGACUCGGUGCGGAAGAUGCCCCAGCUGACGGCAAACGCCAUGGUCAGCCCGCAGGGCGACGAGAGCCCCCGGGGCGGCGGCCCGCCGUCGGCCUCUGCGGCCGCCGCCUCUGAGAGCCGGCCGCUGCCGCGCGUGCACCGGGCGCGGGGGGCGCCCCGGCAGCAGGGCCCGGGCGCCGGCACCCGCGACGUCUUCCAGAAGAGCCGUUUCGCCCCGCGCGGGGCCCCUCACUUCCGUUUCAUCAUCGCCGGGCGGCAAGCAGGGAGGCGAUGCCGCGGACGCCUCUUCCAGACUGCCUUCCCCGCGCCGUACGGGCCCAGCCCGGCUUCCCGUUACGUGCAGAAGCUGCCCAUGAUCGGCCGCACCAGCCGCCCGGCCCGCCGCUGGGCGCUCUCGGACUACUCGCUGUACCUGCCGCUCUGAGGCGGUGCCCGCCCUCGCCUCUGUGAAUAAACCCCGCGCCCGGAAGUGGUGUCUCCGCGCUUGUGGAUCGCGCCG